CGAUCGCACAGCCACUAGCCCUUAAUGGUCGGCACGGUCGUCACCGUCGCUCUUUCUUGUCCAUCUUGAUGUCCAACCGAGCUGGAUACCAACCUUUAGCACAGACCGUAGAUGAUGAAGACGACAUCGGUGAAGGCACUCAGCUGCCGACCUCACGAGCUAGUGGACGCCGUCGAGCUUCCCGGUCAGGGAGCAUAGAUCUCUCCAAGCUGGACACGGCAUUCAAAAGGUGGACAGAAUCUAUUGCGCAGCGAGUAAAGAGGAAGAAAACGGUCAAGGAACACGCUAAGAAGCAAAUAUGGCGCAGCGUCUUCGAACCUACCAUCUUUGUCGAUGAUCCUUCCGCCGGAGUAGUCAAAACUUUGGAUCACAAGCCUCCUAUGACAGCAGCUGAGUUUGAGGCAUUAGUGAAAUCCGUCAAGUCCGCUAUUUCAGAAGGGGUUCAUCCCAAGAUGAUCACGAAGGGAUCAUCAGGCUCAUAUUUCGCACGAGCCAAGAUGGAGAAUGGCCGAGUACAUACCGUUGCCGUGUUCAAACCUAAAGAUGAAGAACCAUACGGACGAUUGAAUCCCAAGACCACAAAAUGGCUUCACCGGCAGUUCAGAUUUAUAAUACCAUUUGGUCGCGCAUGUCUUAUACCCAACCUGAGCUAUAUCUCUGAAGCAGCGGCAUCGUUGCUGGACGAACGUCUGAAUCUUCACAUUGUACCUCCCACUAAGCUCGUGUCACUAUCCAGCUCCUCAUUUUUCUAUGACUGGUUAGACAGAAAUGCAGCAAAAAAGGGAAAACCACUACCGGACAAAAUAGGCAGCCUGCAGUAUUUCCUACAUGGCUACCAAGAUGCGUCAGAAUUUUUGCGAAAGUAUCCGUGGCCAGGUCGUGCCAUUGCAGAUACUUUUGAUGAUUCUACUCAUCGGCAAGGUAGCUUUUCCAAGCGUUUACUCAGUGCGGUCAAGGUAAUCUGUGGAAAGACCGGUGACCCUGAAGAUGUCUAUGAAGACUACGAAGAGGAACGCCUGUUCGAUGCUACGGAGGCCGACCCCCAAACGCCAUUUUAUUGGACACCGGCGCUACAGCAGAGUUUCCGACAGGAAUUAGAAAAACUCGUGAUUUUGGAUUAUCUCAUGCUCAAUACCGAUCGGGGUGCUGACAAUUACAUGAUUAAAUACUGUGAUAGCAACCACGAGAAGUCAUUAGUCGAUGUCGCCCCGUCGCGUUCUGCUACGCUGGAUAUGCCGUUGAUGAGCGAACUCAGGCGUUCACCGAAAGUGCCGCAAAUGGAGACACCGCGGUCUUAUCCCUCUAUCUCCAUAGGAGCGGCCUCUUCCACAGCAGCUUCCGGAACUGAUUACACUCGCUACCCUCACAUUCACAUCGCGGCGAUCGAUAACUCUUUGUCCUUCCCUCACGAGCAUCCGCAGGGCUGGCGUAGUUAUGCUUACGGUUGGCUCUACCUACCAGUCAGUGUCAUAGGAAAGCCAUUCAGUGAAGAGACGCGGAAUCACUUCUUGCCUAUGCUAACAUCGAAGUUAUGGUGGGAAGAAACAACUUUCGAAUUAGAGAAACUGUUUGCUGUUGACCCCGAUUUUCACCCUAAAAUGUUUGCUCGACAAUUAGCUGUCAUAAAGGGCCAGGCAUGGAACAUUGUCCAGUCUCUAAAGCAUUCGGACGAAGGUCCCUUGGAACUGACAAGACGUACUAAGGCCUUAGUCUGGGACGAUCAACUUGAACUCACUGAAGCAGACUUGGACGAUACGAACAGCCCUGUCGCUGCAUCACCGAAGCUAUCCAUCAACAGUGUUCCUCUCCCGAGACGUGCCCGUAGUCAAAGCUCCGAUGAUUUUCCUCCUCCCGUUCAGCGAACAAUAUCAGAUGCCUCUGGUGUUCCUCGACCCGUCCCUUUCGCCGCAAAGUUCCAGAGAGUACAUCCCGGAACAACUGGCGUUACUGUAUUAGAACACUUAGAGCGGCUAGACGCAGUCGAAGCCAGUCUACAACGACUGAACGCCGAAGAGGAAGACACUGAGGAGAUGGAUGUCGGGGAAUCUUCGACAAAACCUAUCCGUAUUCCGGCGCGUGGUCAGGCAUCCGGACCGUUGGCUUCAUCGUCGCAGUCUGUUCCAGGGGGUGCCCCUACGUCCCCGUUCUCUGCCCCCGGAAGUCCACUGGCGACCGUACAUGAGGUUCCAUCAAUGGCGAGUUCUAUGACGGAGGAUGAUCUUGUAGCGAUGUCCAUGUCGACACCUCAAGUGGAGCAUAGUAGGUGGGCAAGCCAAGUUGGACGGCGCAUCGAUUGGUUACAACCUUCUGAGCCCGCUGUCAAGAGAACGGUCGUCGUUGAACGUCUUGAAACUAUAACCAAGAAACCGUUAUGUCCUUGUUGGUAACUUUAGAAUACCAUGUAUUAGCUCCCCAAGCAGAUAACACUGAAUGUAGUAAUGUACACGGAUUUUAGCCUCAACACAAUGUAGAUCAUCAUCA